GAAUUGUGCAAGCCUGAAGCAGAAAAAAAUAAAUAAAAAAGGAUUUCACACACAAGCAUCAGGAAAACAAAAUAAAAUCUGUAAUGCCUGUGUUCACAUAUGUUAUCUAAAGCUAAACAGACUGCUGCUGUCCCUGAAGCAAGGAAGUUGGCCUGCUCAAAGGGACAAGCAACCACAUUCAGGCAGUCCAGAAAAGACUGGCUGACCUGAAAUUAUUUUUCUGCUUUUAACCAUAGCAGAACUUUUCCUUCAUCAUGCUCAGAUCAUGUAUCAGUACCACAUUAUCCUUGUGAAAACACCUGUCUCAGUGAGUGCUGCAACUGGGGAUGUGCCAUCCCAGGCGAAACAAGCACCCAUCACCCGGGCUUCCACACUGGGCUGAAGCGGAGGGCGAGGACACCAAAACCGUGCCCGAGGGACCCCCGCCGGGGCAGAGGAGGCAGGGGGCGCCUAUUCCCCGCACCUUGAGGCCGGGCCGGCCGGCAGAGAGCCCGGGCGGGAGCUGCCGCCGAGGCCGCCCAGCACCACAGGGGCUGCCCCGCUUCCCUCGUCGCUCGCACACCUCCGGCCCAGCUCUUCCUGCCGCCAUUUUGCGGAGCCGAGCAGUCCCGGCAGCGGCCCGUCCCGUCCCGUCAGGCCCGGGGAGGCGGGACGCGGCGGCGCAGGUUUGAAUAGCUCAUAAUUAACAUUUUUAUCUGCAAAUGCAAUGGAAGAUGGCAAGACUGAAGAUGGGCAGGGUAUUCUACGACUUAAUGUACGAGGAUGUUUAUAUACUGCCAGGCGGGCUCGUCUAAUCGAUCGAGAUGGAAAUCUAUUUAAAUAUCUUUUGGAUUAUCUCCAUGGAGAAGUUCGGAUUCCUGACGAUGAACAAAUUUGAAUUGCAUUGCAGGAGGAAGCAGAUUAUUUCGGCAUCCCUUAUCCUUACAGCCUGACUGACCAUCUGGCCAACGAAAUGGAGACGUAUUCUUUAAGGUAAAACAUAGAGCUUAAAAAGGCUUUGUUAGAUUUUUGCGAUUCUUAUAAUUUAGUCUGCACCAAGCCUACAGUUUGGGUCCUGCACUAUCUCAGCACCUCUGGGGCAAGCUGUGAAAAUAAAAUUAUUGGUGUGUAUGCCACAAGAGCUUAUGGGAUUGAUGCAAUUAAUAAGGAGCUAGGAACAAAAAUUCAUAGUAAAAACAUUUACAAAAGAGAAGCUGGAAAUAACGUCCAAUACAUCUGGAGCUAUUACUCAGUAGCUGAAUUGAAAAAGAUGAUGGAUGCUUUCGACACCUGGGAAGGAAGAGGUGUUAGCUGCUGGAGAGUACCUCAGGAGUUGAUUGAAUGUUGGACUCUAGAAGAGUGCUCUCUGAAAGGCAGUUUACAUCAUAUGCCUCCAGUUCAUAAAAGACUAAUUGACUUCACUGAAGAGGAAAACUAUUUACCAUGUAAAGUGGGUCCCAAGCCAAUUAGAUUCUCAGGUCCUUCAACAAGUACACACAUCAAAGUUAAGAAUUCAGCUUCAUUAAAGGUAGCUGCUCGCAAUGUUUCACGUUCUGCAGUAACUCUUAAACAACCCAAUAGUGAAAGUUUGAUGCUGCACAAAGUAGCUUCUAAAACUGAAUCCACAACAUGCACAUCAGAGCCCAGCAAUUCCCAGUUGCCCUGUGGAAGGCAGAGUGCUGAUUAUGGAACACCAUGUCAAAUGACUUUGAAGAUCUCAGUGUCUAGAAAGCCUGUAAGCAGCCAUGUAGUAAAGCUGAAGCGAACUCCACUUUUUCUUGCAACACCAUCUCAGUCAUCAUCUUCUGUGUCCAGUAAAACAAGUGAACAGGACAAUGCUGCUGUUGAAAUUCCUACUACUUCUGUGGUACUAAACAAGAAAGAACCAGCUGUAUUAGCAGAGAGUAUUAAGAGUGAUAAAGUGGAUGGAUAAUGUUUGAGUCAGCCUGAUAGGCUGGACAGCUUGGCAUCAUCUAGUCAAAGAAGAGCUCAUCAUCUCAUGUUGUCAUGUAUUUGAAGAUUUGGUAGAAAAUCAUGGUGAAAAAGUUAAUCAAGAGCAUAGAGAGAAAUGGCUUUACAUGAGCAGUGAAUUGUAUUUUCUGCUUUAUUUCUAAUUAUUUUUUAGAAGUUGGGAGGAAGAAACAUGGGCUAAGAAACACAGCAUGUGACAUGUAACAUUAUGGUAUCUCACAUUUGUAUUUCUGUCAGGCUGUACUAGUACAACUGACUUUUUUUAAAGGGAGUACAUGCAAAGCAUAAAAGAUGACCUGUUUAUUAACUUUAACUACAGGUAACAUUAACUAGGGAUAAUUUCCUUAAUCCAUAUAUUUGACUUGGGUGAAAAGUAGAUAACCAUGAGUACCAGUUAUUAGAUACAAGUUUGUCACAAGUAUGCAAGAUACUGAGUACUGUGAAUAUUUAUUUUUUAAGUUGAAUGCACAAUUACUGGUACUUUUUAUGAGGGUAAGUCACCAUUAUAUUAUUAAGAGCAAUUAAAGGGACCCUCUUUGCUUGUACACUGUGAGAAAAUUCAUAAAUACAGUGAAGGAAGAGCAUGGCUAGGGAGCAAUAAGGCAGUUUUUUCCAUAGACCUGAAAACUACGCGUACUGUUUUCCUACAGGGGUGUCACCUGCCACUGGUUCAAGGCUGCUGCAGGCAGUGGUGCAGCCUUUGUGUUCUAUAUUACAAUGCUGUUGGAUGUAUUUUCUACAACUGCAGGGAAGCUUACAGGUCUGAGUUGCAGCUUGUGUUCCUUUGUCCUUCUGCAUGUCCUUUUAAAUGAGCAGGGGACAAUCUCAAUUUCUGUGCAGCAAAGCAGUGUUAACAGAUGUGCUCUGGUUUGAAGAAAGAUAGAAGAAUCCUUCCUUCCUCCACAGCAGGAUGGAGAAGAUGCUGGGUUUCUUGUCCUCAGUGGUACUAGGGUCAAUUUUGAGCAACGAUACUGAAGUGACGAGCUGCUGUAUGUUUCAAUCAGCAAAGGAAAGCAGAAUUUAGCUCACUUGUUUUUAAAAAGUCCUUCUGGUUGUUUAAACCAACACUGUUUAAAUUUUCCAAACUUAUCUUCAUUUUGUGUCCUUGUUUGUUGUGGUUGGGUUUUUGUUUUUGGUACUGCUGUUGAAACACAGUAAAUACAGCUGGCCUUAAGUGUUGAGAAGUCCUAUCACAUUGCCAAAAUGAAAUGUUCUUAAAAUUUCGGAGACUAUUAGAAUUACGGGAGGGUUAUUUAAGUGUUUUAUUUUUACAGUCAUUUAGAAAAAAUCACAGUUCCAGGCUUUUCAUCAUAACCAUAAGGACUUGAAAUUUCAUUCGCAAAAGUAAAAAAGAAAAAUAAACUCAUAUACUAACAGUUUUAAGGAGGCAUUUUGCCACAUACAAUGGUUACUGUAAAAGAAAGCAGUACUGUAACUUUCUGCGAUUGGUAUAGAUAUGCGUAGAUAUAUAUAUAUAUAUAUUCAAGACCAGCUUACCUUUAAAAUCUAUUGUUUUUUUCCUUAAACAAUGAACCUAAAAAGCAACAGUCCCAAGGCUCUUCCUGUCUUGAAGACCAGAAAAAGCAAAAAUUACAGAAAGAUACUAACACUGUAAUCUGUUGAGUGUGCAACUCAUCAUUGAUGAAAUACAAAACGCUCUGACUGAAAGGCAGUUUUUAAAUACCUGUCUUGCAUGUGACUUUUAUUUCAGUAUUUACUGAAUAGCUGAGCCCUUUAACAUGUAACUUUGUCUUUUUACAAUGCUUCCUAAAGCAGAUUUCCUUCCUUUUCAACUUGUGAUGAAUUUGUAGGCUUCUGUAAACAUCAUGCAAAAGCUCACAAAAAGUAUGGACUUUUACAUGUGUAAGAGGAAGUUUUAAUAAUAAUCCUGUCAGACUUCCUGAGUCUGCACUAGCUCAGUGUUUGUGUAAUCAUUCUGGUAGCACAGUAUUUUUUAUGUAGCAUUCAUGUUAUUUGCAUUACAGGGGCUUCAAUGAGUAUCAUCUUUGUAGACAUACUGGCUUGUGGUUAGAAAACAGUAAAAACCACUCCCUUUAAUUUGAGUAGAUGAAACACUGAAUGAAAGUGGCUGUGGUGAGGAGGUAGAGCAAGAUUUUUUUACUUUUUUGGGGACUUGAUUUUUUAGUAGGAUGAGAUGUAAACAUGUUUAUUUAAACUCAUCUGAGGGAGUACUUUCAUCUUUUUUUUAAUCACUAUGAAGUUUGCUAAUAGUUUCUUGUGACUGAUGGACUGAUGUUAAACAGUUUUAUGACAGUUGAAUAGAAUUACCCUUCAAGGUGACUUUCUCUAUAAAAAUAGCUUUGUCUAUAUACAUCCCAAACCUUUUAAAUUAUAGAAGUUAAAUAGCAUUUAAUCUCUCUAGGGAUUAGCUCAAAAUAAAUGAAAUUUGCCAGUCCUAGGAUUAGUCAUCCCUUAAACUGGCUAACAGACUGUUUUUUGAGGCCUGGAACAAAGAGCAGAAAUUCUUCAAGUCUGAGAGUUUCCUGCAGGUUAAACAUUCCUCGAAAAUGUACAUUCCCAAGUUUAUUGGAAGUCUGCAGUUUAGGUAAUGUUUCACUUGUCCAACUCAAUCAAAGAGGUACCAGCUGGUACUGCAUCUGCGCUGAGUAACUCUGAUAUACUGUACGUACAUACCAGACAGUUUGACUGGGGAAACUAAUACAGCUACAUUUUUUUUUUUUUAACAGUUGGGAUUAGACACUUUGUCAACUGGCGUGACAAUGGCUUACUUUGCAUCUUUGUGAAAUCAUCACUCGUUAUAGAAGAGACCACAUGCAUAAAGUUAGUUCAACCUAGUAAUCAACUAGCUGCGCUCUAAAGGCUGACAUUUCCAUCACCAAUGUAUUUUGAUGCAUUUUUUUUUUUUCUCAUGAACACUAUCUAAACUUCCAGAUUAGUCCACACUUUCACAUUGUCUUUCCAAAUUAUCUGUGAUAUAGGCCAAGGAGA